AAUAAAUCGAACAGGCUGUCCAAUAUCCACGCUCCCCUCCUCUUCUCCUCCAUUCAUCUCUUGUCAUCUCAUCACAUUCUUCCCAAUCAGAUCCCGAUCGAGUAUGAACAUAGACGAUCAAUUACCGCCGCGGCGGAAGGGCCAGGGCCAAUCCCAAUUCAUCAAGCGCAUGGAGACUUCGGUGUCCAGGCCCCGGGCAUACAUCAUCCUCCUCAUCCUCGCCUUCGUCCUCGGCUACCUCUCCCACUCCCACCCCCUCCUCUCCCAGACCGCGAGCGACGUGUACGAGCACAACAGCUUCCCCAAGCAGUGCGCCGCCCCCGUCCCCUCCUCCGACGUCCGCCGCACCAUCAUCUCCCGCGUGUUCAACAACACCUCCCCCUGGGAGGCCUUCCCGCCCGCGCACGCCCGCCCGCUCCUGUGGCAGGACUGGAACAAGGGGUGGGGCUCGCAGAUGCCGGUGUUCGAGCACCUGAUCGAGCAGGUUCGCCCUCGCACCAUCAUCGAGGUCGGCACCUUCCUCGGCGCCUCCGCGACGCACAUGAUCGGGCUCACCAGGAAGCUAGGGCUGGACACGCAGAUUGUGUGCAUCGACGACUUCCGGGGGUGGCCGGGGUACUACGACGAGGAGAAGAGCUUGAAGAUGGUGAACGGGGACUCGCUGCUCAUGUAUCAGUUUAUGCAGAAUGUGGUGAGGGCGAACGCGACGGAGAGCAUCAUCAUGCUGCCGUUCUCGGCGGGGACGGCGCUGGGGGGGCUGUGCGAUUGGGGGGUGUACGGGGAUCUGGUGGAGGUGGAUGCAGCGCAUGAUUUCCACUCCGCGUGGGUGGAUAUUAACAACGCCUUUAAAGUGCUGAAGCCGGGAGGGGUGCUGUUCGGGCAUGACUACGCGUGGGUUGGGGUGCGGACUGCGGUUCAUAUUUUUGCCAGGGUUCAUGGAUUUCAGAUCAGGAUUGACGGCGAGCACUGGAUUCUGUAUUGAUGCCAAGAAUCAUAUGCUAAUAAAUUUCUCACUUAUUGCGUUGAUCAAUGAUUCUCACCUAUGAUCAUCAUGAUCGGAUAUGAUACGACCCCGUCAACCACGCCUGUUGUACCUCUCCGCCUCGAAGCUGGAUUGCUCAAUGUCUAGCUAGUGUUCUUCGCUUCUUCUUCUCUCUCCACCACCUCUCUCUUUUCUUUUUUAUUUUUUCCAAUUUAUGUGGGCUGGGAUUGGACCACAAUAGUAGGUGGAUUUCAUUUUCUAUGAGCCCAAUGAGUUUUUUUUUCUGAUCAGUUGUUUUAAUUUUAAAGGAAAAAUGGUAAUGAAACCUUUGAAUA